GGGUUCACGCAUUAACACUUUCUUCCUAUAUUACAGCCUACUCCAGGCACAAAAGCAAACAUGGUUUCAACUUGCUUGGAUUACCUAACAUCUCAGCCUCUUUGGGUAAUCUUGGUUUCCUCCAUUGGCUUCCUCUCCUUUGUGAAAAAUUCCACUAUUCUUUUGAAAUGGAUUUUCCAUACACUCAUCAAACCCUCCAAAGAUCUGAAGAGCUACGGUUCGUGGGCACUGAUCACUGGUUCAACCGACGGGAUAGGCAGAGCGUUUGCCUUCAAACUUGCCGAAAAGGGCUUGAAUCUAGUACUGGUUAGCAGGAACCAAGACAAGCUCAAUAGGGUUUCUUCUGAAAUCCAAGAAACGUACCCUGAGGUAGAGAUCAGGAUUUUCGAGCUGGAUUUCGCAAGAGAUGAUGUCAUCUCUAGGGUUCGUGGGAUGAAGGAGGCGAUCAAGGGUCUUGAUGUCGGGAUUUUGAUAAACAACGUUGGAGUAACGUAUCCGAGAGCCAUGUAUUUUCAUGAGGUCGACGAGAAAAUAUGGAAGAAGUUAGUGAGGGUUAAUGUGGAAGGAACUAGUUAUGUAACAAGAGCAGUUGUACAGGGAAUGGUUGCAAGAGGAAGAGGUGCAAUUGUGAAUAUUGGUUCCGGGGCAUCCAUUGUCGUACCUUCUCAUCCUCUCUACGCUAUCUACGCAGCCACAAUCUAACCCCCCCCCCCCCUCUCCCGGUAUGUUGAUCAAUUAUCCAGAAGCUUAUACGUAGAGUACAAGAGCUACGGCAUAGACGUACAGUGCCAGGUACCAUUAUACGUAUGGACAAGAAUGGCAUCAGAAGUGGCUUUUGUGGAGAAACCGUCGUUGUUCGUACCAUCGGCGGAGAAGUACGUGGAUGCAGCAGUUAGGUUCGUGGGGCGUGGAGCGAGGUGCACCCCUUACUGGGCUCACUCCGUCCAGUGGUUCGUCGCCUCACUGUUGCCUGAAGCUCUUCUUGAUGCCUGGCGGCUCUCCAUUGGAAUCACAAGAAUGAAACUCGCACCCCGUUGAUUUUGUUGCGUUUGAAUCAACGAAUUUGGAGUCGAGGUAAGAGUUUGAGAGAACCAUAUAUAUGUUUACCUCGAUAUUUAAAAAAAUUUGAAUAAUAUGUCGAUUCAAACAUCGUUAUAACAAUGAAUAAUGAAUAAAUUAUAAUAAACUCACAUGUCUGGUGGGACUCGAACUCCUAACCCCGACCUCUGUUGACAUAUUUGACAAAUUUGAAUCCCACAAAUCAUCUAUGUCUUUUCAAAAAUUACAUAUGUAUCCACUAGAAACAUCGGCUUUAUUUACACAACCAUCCAUAUAUUUUGACAAAUUACCCUUACCCCCAGAAACUUG